AUGAUUCCCGUGACCGAGUUUCGCCAGUUCUCGGAGCAGCAGCCGGCGUUCAGGGUGCUGAAGCCCUGGUGGGAUGUGUUCACGGACUAUCUCUCCGUCGCCAUGCUGAUGAUCGGUGUGUUUGGGUGCACCUUACAGGUCAUGCAAGACAAGAUAAUAUGCCUUCCGAAGCGCGUGCAGCCUUGCCAGAACCAAUCAAACAGUUCAAAUGUGUUUAACACAAUCCCAGAUACAACCCCCCUUCCUCCUCCACCCAAGCCAUCCACCCCUCCAGCUACAGUUGAAAUGAAAGGACUGAAGACUGAUUUGGACCUUCAGCAGUACAGCUUUAUAAAUCAGGUGUGCUAUGAACGUGCCCUGCACUGGUAUGCCAAGUACUUCCCUUACCUUGUCCUGAUACACACACUGGUCUUCAUGCUGUGUAGUAACUUUUGGUUCAAGUUCCCCGGCUCGAGCUCCAAAAUAGAACACUUCAUUUCAAUACUCGGGAAAUGUUUCGAUUCUCCCUGGACGACACGAGCCUUAUCCGAAGUGUCAGGGGAAGACUCCGAAGAGAAGGAUAACAGGAAGAACAACAUAAACAAGUCUAAUACCAUCCAGCCAAGCGCUGAAGGCACUUUGGUCAAGACACAGUCUUUAAAGUCAAUCCCUGAGAAGUUAGUUGUGGAUAAGGGAACCCCUGGGGCAUUAGAUAAGAAAGAAGGUGAGCAGGCCAAAGCGCUGUUUGAAAAGGUGAAGAAAUUCAGACUGCAUGUUGAGGAGGGUGAUAUACUCUAUGUCAUGUACGUUCGCCAGACUGUACUUAAGGUCAUUAAAUUCCUUAUUAUUAUUGCUUACAACACAGCGCUUGUCUCGGAAGUUAAUUUUACGGUAGUCUGUAAUGUUGAUAUUGAAGACAUGACGGGAUACAAGAAUUUUUGCUGUAAUCACACGAUGGCACAUCUGUUUUCCAAACUUUCUUACUGCUACCUGUGCUUUGUAAGCAUCUACGGCCUCACAUGCCUUUAUACGCUAUACUGGUUGUUCUACCGUUCGCUGAAAGAGUAUUCUUUUGAAUAUGUUCGGCAAGAGACAGGAAUUGAUGAUAUCCCAGACGUCAAGAAUGACUUUGCCUUUAUGCUUCACAUGAUCGAUCAGUACGAUCCUCUCUAUUCCAAGCGGUUUGCUGUCUUCCUCUCUGAGGUCAGUGAAAAUAAGCUGAAACAGCUGAACCUAAACAACGAGUGGACUGCAGAUAAGCUGCGACAGAGACAGAGGCUGCAGACGAACUCCCACAGCCAUUUGGAGCUGCAGCUUUUCAUGCUCUCUGGGCUACCAGACACAGUGUUUGAAAUUACUGAGCUGCAGUCGCUAAAACUUGAAAUAAUCAAUAACGUGAUGAUACCAGCAACCAUUGCACAGUUGGACAAUCUCCAGGAGCUCUCGUUGCACCAGUGCUCUGUGAAGAUCCAUGGCGCCGCCUUGGCGUUUCUGAAGGAGAAUCUCAAGAUCUUGAGCGUCAAGUUUGAUGACAUCCGAGAGCUUCCGCACUGGAUGUAUGGCCUCAGAAAUUUGGAAGAGCUCUAUUUGAUUGGCUCCCUCAGUCACGACAUUUCCAAAAACAUUACACUGGAGACUUUUCGGGAACUUAAAAGCCUUAAAGUUCUUUACAUAAAAAGUAAUUUGUCCAAAAUCCCGCAAUCUGCAGUCGAUGUUUCAGGUCACCUGCAAAAAUUGUGCAUCCAUAAUGACGGCACUAAGUUAGUGAUGCUCAACAACCUGAAGAAGAUGGUCAACCUGACGCAGCUGGAAUUGGUUCAUUGUGAUUUGGAGCGCAUACCUCACGCCGUCUUCAGCCUUCUCAGUCUUCAGGAGUUGGAUCUGAAGGAGAACAACCUCAAAUCCAUUGAAGAAAUAGUAAGUUUUCAACAUCUGCGAAAACUGACAAUCCUAAAGCUGUGGUACAACAGUAUAACGUACAUCCCAGAGCAUAUAAAGAAGCUCACCAGUCUCGAGCGGCUUUCCUUCAGCCAUAACAAAAUAGAGGUUCUUCCAUCCCACCUAUUCCUAUGCAACAAAAUCAGAUAUUUGGAUUUGUCUUACAAUGACAUCCGCUUUAUCCCGCCUGAAAUAGGAGUGCUGCAGAGUUUACAGUACUUUUCCAUUACUUGCAACAAAGUGGAGAGCGUGCCAGACGAACUCUACUUUUGCAAAAAGCUUAAGACUCUGAAAAUUGGGAAAAAUAACUUGUCGGUCCUUUCGCCUAAAAUUGGUAAUUUGGUAUUCCUCUCCUACUUGGAUAUUAAAGGCAAUCACUUUGAAAUCCUCCCACCGGAGCUCGGCGAAUGUAGAGCUCUGAAGCGGACUGGUUUCACUGUAGAGGACACCUUGUUUGAAACGUUGCCUUCUGAUGUCAGGGAACAAAUGAAAGCUGAGUAACGAACUUCCUCUCGCUCGCUUUUCCAGAAAUAACGCUUCUACCAAAUAGGCUGUAGAAAGUGCAUACUCCGAAUAUGCAUUUAGUUUGUCAUUCUUUUUUUCUUUUUCAGACAAAUCCUUUCUGUACAAACAAAUUUGGAGUAAGGAGUACAUAUAUUUUUUAAUAAAAUUUUCUCGUAUUUUU